AUGCCUUUUCGGCGCAGGGGACCUUCGACUUCCCCGGAGAUCCUCCUUCAGGAGGAGGCCGUCCACAUGGAGCCCCGACAAAUCACACGGCUCUUGCAGGGCAUGGCCAAGGAAAGCCCCACGCUGGCGGCCGAAGCCUUAAAGUCCAUGAAGAAGAAGCACCUGGAAGCAAACAUCUUCCACUUCGGCGCUGUCAUAGGAGCAUGCCGAAGCGAAUGGUCACUCGCUUUGACCUUGUUGAGGGAGGCCGUGGAGCAGACCCUCCAGGUGGAUCAGAUCAGCUACAAUGGAACCAUUCGCUGCUCACCCUGGCUGGUGGCUUUGAGGAUCUUGGAUCUCAUGGAAGAAGAGAUGGUUUGGCCCAAUGUAAUCAGCUUCAACGCGGCCAUCGCCGCAUGCGAAAAGGCCAUGCAAUGGCACCAAGCACUGGCCUUGUUAGAUGACAUGCCGUCGAGGUCCUUGCAACCCAACAGCGUGACCUACAACUCGGCCAUCACGGCGUGCGACAAGAGCCAGCAGUGGCAGACAGCGUUGCACUUGCUUGGCACUAUGCCGUGCCGGGAUGUGAUUAGCUACAACGCGGCCAUCAGCGCUUGCUCAAGGAGUCAUCAAUGGACUCAGAGCUUGCAGCUGCUGAAAAGCUUAGAGGAGGAGGAGGAGGAGGCGCUCGAAGCCGAUGAGGUCAGCUACGGUGCUGCGCUUCGUUCGUCCAGUUCAGAGUGCUUUGCGUUGGAUGUCUUGGAGCGAAUCGAAAGAAGGCGCUUGGAGCUGAAUUUGAUCGUGUGGAAUUCCGCCUUGAGUGCUUGUGCUGGCAACUGGCCAAUGGUGCUCUCUAUGUUGCAGCAACAUGAGGCAGAUGCUCAAAGCUUCACACUGGCCCUCACGGCCUGUGGGACCUCCUCUGCUUGGGAAGCCGCCUUGGCUGUUUUGGAGCAAAUGCCCCAGCGGCAAGUGGAAGUUGAUGACAUUUGCUUCAACAGCGCCCUGCAUGCCGUGAGCAGUGGACGCUGGGAUGUGGCCCUUCACAUGCUGCAGGCCACAGAUCAUGUCGUGGAUGUCGUCGGCUACAGCGCUUGCAUCCGUGAAUGCCCCUGGGAGAUUGCCAUGUGGUUGUUUGAGUCUAUGUUGGAUCAGCGACUUCAGACCGAUUUGGUCGCCUUUGGUGCUGCUCUCGGCGCUUGUGAGAGAUCAGGGCGUUGGGAGCAAGCGCUGAGUUUCUUGGGAUCGAUGCCUCACAGGCAGCACAUGCCCAACACCAUGUGCUUCAACGUGGCGCUGAGCGCCUGCGAAAAAUCAAGCCAAUGGGCUGUGGCACUGCAACUCCUUGGAACGCUUGGAACGGCAGAUUUGGUAAGUUUCAAUGCUGCCAUCAGCGCCUGUGAGAAGGCUGGCAUGUGGCAACAGGCCUUGGAGCUCUGGGAGAGAUUGCCCCAAGCGCAUUUGGAGCCAGAUUUGAUCACCUACAAUGCGCUCAUUUCAAGUUGCGAAAGCCAAUGGCCCUUGGCGCUCUACUUCUUCGAGGAGCUCCAGUCGUCCUCGUCCCUUGUCCCGGACGAGGUGACGCUCAACAGCGUCAUGAGUGUUUGGCCCAGCUGGAGAGACGUGCUUGGGCUUCUGCAGGAGAUGCAGAUGCGCGACCUGCGCCCAGACGUGAUCAGUUUCGGCAUCGCGAUGGACCGUGCACCUUGGGACUGGGCUUUGGAGUUGCUGAAGGAGAUGAGAGACACCGCAGUGAAGGCCAAUUCCAUUGUCUAUACGUCAGCCGUGCUGGCCUGUGAGCGUGACGACCAGCAGCUGAAAGGGGUCGAGCUACUUUGGGAGAUGCGGAGGGAACACAUUGUAACGCAACGGCGUCGAGCUUCCUUUGGGGCUUGGCCACCCUAG